UAUGAAUCAAAAAUAUUGCUUUAAAUCUUAUUUCUCUUAACAAUGUACUUAGUUUUGGGAUAACACUAAAAUUGAUAAGACCCAAAAAUAUUUAAUGGAAGAUCUCUACUAUAUUUAGACUCCUUUUGAAACUAUUCCUUGCAAUCUGAGAUUGAAUAAGAAAAACCUUAUAAUGGAAUAGGAUGAUGUAAAAUAAUAGAUUUAUAAUAAAUAGAGAUUGUAUAGUACAAACGUGGAAAAUGCUGGAUUAGAAUUAAUAACAAGUGAUUUUAAUAACGAUUAAGGAGUAAGAAUAACCAAAGGAAAUUAUACUUUUGAGUUUUUUGGUAAAAUAAAAUCAAUAUUUGAUCAACUGAAGAAGACUAGUAUCUAAUUUAAUUUCACUUAGAGAUAUACAAUAAAGAAAAUGAUAGCAAAGGGAACAUUUGCUACAGUAAUAAAUUUAUUUUUAUUUUUAGAUUUAUUUGGCAGAGUGUAAAUUCACUUAGAAUGAAUAUGCAGUGAAAUGUUUUGAAAAGCGACAUAUUUAUAAUGAGAAAGACAAGAAAAAUUUAAUAAAAGAAAUGUAGAUACUUCGUUUAAUGAAUCAUAAAUAAUUAUUGACUAUUUAUGAAGUCUUUGAAAAUUCAAGUUACAUAUAUUUUGUUUAAGAAUUAUUAAAAGGGGGAGAUUUACAUGAAUACUUAGAGAGAAGUGAGAAAUUAAGUGAAUUGAAAAUUUCUUAGAUAAUAUAAAAUUUAUUGAAUGGAAUCUAGUAUAUGCAUUCUUAAGGAGUGCUUCACAGAGAUAUAAAACCAGAAAAUUUAAUAUUAAGAUAAAAAAACAAUUUAAAUGAUAUAGUGAUAGGAGAUUUUGGUUUGGCAGAUUUUUAUAAAUUUGAUGGAAACUAUUUAUAUCGUAGGUGUGGUACACCAGGAUAUGUAGCUCCUGAAAUACUCCGUGGAUAACCAUAUGAUUAUAAGGUAGAUAUUUACAGUAUUGGUGUUCUAUUAUAUAUAUUAUUAUCUGGUAGAAGACCAUUUAUUGGUAAGAAUAAUUAAUAAACUAUUAAAUUGAAUGAAAUAGGUGAUAUUAAUUAUGAUGACAUUGAUUGUAGUUCAGAAGCAUUAUCUUUGAUGAAAAAGAUGUUAGACUCAUAACCAGAAAAUAGAAUAUCAAUAUUAUCAGCUAAAUAACAUCCUUUUUUUACUAAUGCUUAAAAACGAGAAUCUCAAAAAACUAAGAUAUCAUUAAAAUUAGAUGUUAAAUGUAUUCCAUAAUAGGAACAUAUAUGUGUAUCACCAAUUAUGACUUCAAGACCAUUAAAUAGAUAUUCAAUGAUGAAUAACUUUACUAUAUAUACUCCACGAUAAUUACCAAGAUUAAGUCAUGAUGUUAAAUCUAUUAUUAAAACAGAAUCAAAUGAAAUUCAUAGAUCUACAAUUUCUCGUCAAAGUUUAAGUAGAGCAAAUUUAAGAUUAAAUAAUCAAUUCACUAAUUUAUAAGUGUAUUUAUGA